AUGCCUUCAGUCCUUGCUUGUAUUUUGAGCAUUUUGCUAGCAACGCAGCACGGGAUCCUGGGUCAAACGGUCCCAGCAUCGCCGCAUCUGCUAGCUGAGCUUGACUAUGGCUCGUUUCAAGGCGCGUACUCGGAGGAGUUCAAUAUCUCUUACUGGCAAAAGAUUCCAUUCGCCGCGCCCCCUACUGGCGUAAAUCGCUUCCGAGGACCUCAACCUCCGGCUCCUGUGACAGAGAAGCCGUACAACUCAAGCCAAUUCUUCGAGAUGUGCCCUCAGCGAACAGUCAACGGCUCAGAAGACUGUCUAUAUCUAGGUCUUUACUCGCGCCCCUGGACGAAGGACCAACCACUUAAGCCAGUGGUCGUCACCUUCUAUGGCGGUGGAUUUGCUCAGGGUUCUGCGUUUUUCAGGUUGCCACCUCCGGGGUUCCCUUACAAGACCAAUGCGCCUCCGCCGUCAGACAUGAUCUUUGCUUAUCCCACUUUGAAUGUCUCUUCCGCCUCGGACAUGAUCAUUGUCUACCCGAAUUAUCGCACCAACGCUUUUGGUUUCCUACCCGGAAAACGGAUAGCCGACGACCCUCUCUCUGAUCUGAACCCUGGACUCCUGGACCAGGAGGCAGCCCUCAAGUGGACCAAGGCGAAUAUUGCCAAGUUCGGUGGAAACCCUGAUGAUAUCACCAUAUGGGGUCAGUCAGCUGGUGGCGGUAGUGUACUCGCGCAGACAAUCGGGCGCAGCGGCAAGCAGAAACUGUUCCACCGGGCCAUGGCCAAUAGCCCGUUCUGGCCAAAAGUCUACCAGUACGACAGUCCUGAGGCCGAGACGCUCUAUGAGGAGCUCGCGAACCGCACAGGCUGUGCGGGAGUAGACAGCCUAGCCUGUCUGAAGCGAGCGGAUGUGCAGACGAUCCGUGAUGCGAGCCUGAAGAUUUCGGGCCUGCUCAAAUACACAACGUCUGCAUUCAAUUGGGCCCCAGUCAUUGAUGGCAAGUUUCUAACAGAGUCAUUGUCGGAAGCCACGUCUUCGACUACCGUUGAGAGAGCCUUUGCGAUGCACAAUACACACGAAGGCGAAAGCUUCAUCCCCCCGAGCCUCCAGGGUGCGGCGAAUGAGACGGCCUUUGAUCAGUGGCUUCGCGGAUUUCUGCCUCACUUCAGCGACUGCGAGAUCGCCGCCGUGAAGAGGCAUUACCCAGCUGAAGGAACUGCAGAGGCCAUUAACUACGACAGCACCUGGGUGCGUGCGGGUCUAGUAUACAGAGAUAAUGUGUUGUCAUGUCCCGCCUUCUGGUUCACAAACGCGGCUGCACAGGGCUACCUGGGCGAGUAUUCGCUAACACCCUCGCUUCACGCAAGUGACACCUUCUGGUGGAAUCGAAUUAAUGCCACGCAACUCCAGAAGCCCUCUUAUUAUCGAGGCUAUGCCGGCGCCAUCGCGUCCUUCCUGAUGAAAGGGGACCCAAAUGCUCUGAAGCUCACACCAGACGACGUAGCCGGCGUGCCGAUCAUUCAAGAUGGUCGCGAAUGGGUCAUUACUCAGAACGGCUUUGGGACAGCAGACUCGAAGCGUCUGGCAAGCCGCUGUGCCUUCUGGCGAAAAACUUCAAGACGGAUACCAGUUUGA